GUCACUCACUUUUAGCAGCGAACAGACGGCAGCAGCAUCAGCAUCAGGAGGAGGAGGAGGAGGAGGAGGAGGAGGGAGAGCGGAGACGGUAAUCCCCCUCACCCCGCCCCGCCCCUCCCCACGAGCCACAAACCGGAGGCAGGAGGGGACCACAGCCUCGCGGGACACCUGCUUUUGGACACAUCCUCGUCAAGGCGGCGUCAUUUCGGCGUUGGAUGCUGAUGGAGGCAGCGGUGACGAGCGGCGGCGGUGAUUAAACAGCCCCGAACCGGUGACGCUGACGCGGUGACGGAGCGGCACCAGCAGCGGCACCAGCAGCGGCACCAGCAGCGGCACCAGCAGCUCCCUCGGUCGUGGCGAAGGCGGAGGCGGAGGCUCGCUGCUGAUGGUGCUGAUGCUGAUCUAGCGCGCGCCGCAGCCUCGUGCCGCAUUUCCUGGCCGCCGCCGCGAGCGACGCCGAGGAGACUGUGAUGCUGUCGUCGCCACUGAGCCUCAGGAAGCGCGAGACGGAGCAGAGCGGCUGCGACAUGGAGGCGAGCGGCCGCUCGGGCCGCUGCGACCAGCAGGUCGGACGGAGCGCCUGAAGCCCGGUUCGGGACCCGACGCGUGCGUUGAGUUGAAUUAGUGGACUUGAAUGUUCCGUGCGCAGCAGUGAACGUCCCACUUCCCGACAAUGCAUCACAGGAGCAUCGUGUUCCCCACAGCAGCGCGUGUUCCGCUUCUACACAGCGGCCGCUGAGCAGAAAAACCCCUCCGACUACUUCCCGCACUUCACCCUGUUGCUGGAGACGCCUGGUUGUGUCGCUCCAGCGGUUCCGAGCGAAGGAUGACUCACCUGCAGGCGGGUCUGUCUCCAGAGACCCUGGAGAAGGCCAAGGCGGAGCUGAAGGAGAACCCGGACACGCUGCACCAGGACAUCCAGGAGGUCCGGGACAUGAUCAUCACCCGGCCCGACAUCGGCUUCCUCCGGACCGACGACGCCUUCAUCCUCCGCUUCCUCCGGGCCCGGAAGUUCAACCACUUCGAGGCGUUCCGGCUGCUGGCCCAGUACUUCGAGUACCGCCAGCAGAACCUGGACAUGUUCAAGAACCUGAAAGCCACGGACCCGGGCAUCAAGCAGGCGCUGAAGGACGGCUUCCCCGGCGUGCUCUCCAACCUGGACCGCUACGGCAGGAAGAUACUGGUUCUGUUCGCGGCCAACUGGGACCAGAGCAGGUACACCUUCGUGGACAUCCUGAGGGCCAUCCUCCUGUCGCUGGAGUCCAUGAUCGAGGACCCGGAGCUGCAGGUCAACGGCUUCAUCCUCAUCAUCGACUGGAGCAACUUCACCUUCAAGCAGGCGUCCAAGCUGACGCCCAGCAUGCUGCGCCUGGCCAUCGAGGGGCUGCAGGACAGUUUUCCUGCCAGAUUCGGGGGGAUCCACUUUGUGAACCAGCCCUGGUACAUCCACGCGCUCUACACCGUCAUUCGACCCUUCCUCAAGGACAAAACCAGGAAGAGAAUCUUCAUGCACGGUAACAACCUGAACAGCCUCCACCAGCUGAUCCACCCUGAGAUCCUGCCGUCGGAGCUCGGCGGGAUGAUGCCCCCGUACGACAUGGGGACGUGGGCGCGGACGCUGCUGGAGCACGCCUACGACGAGGAGACCGACUACUGCCCCGAGUCCUACACGCUGUCGGUGCAAGACCUGGAGAGAGACCUGGAGAAGAACAUGUCCCCCAAAACCAUGAAGAGGUCCCAGUCCGUGGUGGAGCCGGGCGUCCUCAAGCGACCAGACAAAGUCAAGAGCGAGGAGGACAACAUGCAGCCGCUGCUGUCGCUGGACUGAGGCGGUCGGGUCGGCGCCGUCGGUUUACCCACAGACACACAGUGCACCCGAGGACGCCGCUGUCGCUGUCAGCGAGCUGGUACCAAGCAAACGGACCUCGACCCGCUACGCUAUAAUCUAUUUACUUACUUAUUUGUCAAGUGCCAAUUCCAGAAACUGUCGACUAACGCGCGUGAGCAACCGGGAGCCGUCAAAGUGUCCGCUGCAGUGAAACACGGGACCCGUCUCCUUUGUACAGUCACGUCAGGCCCAGGAGGACCGGCGCCGGGUCACGACCCAGACCCACACACAGGAAGUGGAGUUCGCUGGGCAUCCAGACAAUAUACUGUACAUUCCUGUUAGCGCUGCGUUAGCUGCUGGAAGCCGCUGGAAGCCGCUGGCUUCAUGUCCACACAGCAGAGAAGAAGAAGCUGCAGCCGCUCUGAGCCGACGGCAGCUGGAGGCAGGAUUUACCGCUAAAAAGCAGCUCUUCUGUGGUUUACAGACACGUUGGUUCAUUUUAUUUGUUGUUGUUGUCAAAAAUAAUCUCAUUCAUGAAUGAAUCAAACAUCACCACAACAAAAAACUAUUGGAAUCAAUCAGUAUUUUCAUUAGUAUUAUGUAUUUUUGCAGGUUUUCCUCUACGUCUCUGCUGUUUCUUUUUAAGAAGCAGUUGUAAAAACCAAAUCUGUUUUUUUGCUGACGACUCCAACUUUAGUAUUUCUAACGAAUCCUCUGAGAACUAGAGCAAACGUUACUGUUGUGACGCUCAACCUGGUUCAGCCUGGAUGUCAAAGGUCAAAGGUCAAUGCCAAGUUUAAUGACUCCAAGUAUUAUUUCACAUGAUCAGUAUUUAAAACGAGGACGGUGAUGGAGUCAAACUCCAGCCUGUUGCUGUAGUUGUUAGAUUCACCUCUUGUUUGGUCUGUGAAGUGUCACCAUCAUCAUGGUGCACAUCUUCAACUGUUCCUGGUUUACGCUGUGACUGAGCAGAAAGGAGACCGGAGGAGGAGGUCGUCUGCAGCGACAGCAGACCGCUGGGACGUGAAGGCGCCGGGUCACGGACCUCUCCACAGACCCGGCCUGUGGCUCAGCACCGGUUCUGAGUCCGCAUGCGUCAGUGGAAGCGCGUUCUGAUCGCAGUUUCUUGCUCUCACUACACGCACCUGGUAUCAGAUGAAUAGAUCUGGUAUAUUCACAUAUUUGAUGCCACAUAAUGAAUGAAGUAUUUUUAAAAUCUGACCAGUUUCAGCCCCUCAUCUAUUAGAUGAUGAAAUCAGUAAUUACCACCUUUCUAUCUUAUCAGGAAUGUUUUCUAGUUUCAUAAUCUGUUUUUAUGUCAUAGUUUUCCUCUGUGGACCAACAGUUAACAUUUUGACACUAACCAGAUAUUUAUCAAUAUACUGUAUGUGUUUUCAGCAUUGGCACUGAAUGUUUCUGACCGACCCAUCACUUUGUCACUCAGUCAUAAUCAGUCAACACCUGGAGAAUUGUAAAGUGGUUCCGUGUUCAAGGAGAAACCAGGAAACCAUGAACGUCUGAUGUUUUACCUAUAAAAUGUAUGUAUUAUCAUAGUUACACGUGGGCUUUCGGUUGAGCUUUCAUAGACUAUAAAUGUCAGCUGUGAUGGAACACACAGGUCAGACACACACAGCCACUGUAGAUGCUUCCAGUUGUUAAAUAUACGUUUACAUGUAAUAAAUACAGCAAAAACAUGUUUAUCUCAGUCACUCAGAUCGACCUGCAGGACAAAGUGUUUGAAAGUGAUUUGUUUGACUGUGAACUUAAUGUAUGUAGAAAGAACAAAGACAGGUGAAGAGUUUUAGUUUUAUUACAGAUGUGGUUUAUUGUCGGAUGCUUCGUGCUUCAUCACAGACGCGGGAGUUUCUACCUUGUUAACACAGAGGCUGCGUUGGUGCAGUUCCUGGUGUACGACCUGGAAACGGCCUGCUUUUAUUUCAGACUCCAGCAUUUUGAAUGUUAUUUCUGUGUUGUUGUCGUCACUUCUUAGCUGCUGAUGGGCUUAAAACGUUGUUGGACACCUUUCACCUGCUUCAACAAACCGGUGCAGAUUAAACCCACUUCCUUCUUUUCCUGAGUUCAACCCAAACUUCACUGAUUAAUGUUUGGUUUUCACUUAUAGUGCACAAAGUUUCAAUCACUUUAGUUACAUGUUAAUUUACAUCACAGUUUUGUUGGAGUGUGGGUUGAUUCAUUAGUUUCCAGUCUUGAAAAUCAUUUUUUAUGUCCAACAAUUAAAUCAGUUCUCAUCUUUUUUAAAACAACACCUCCUUUUGGAACCAACCUCUGCUCCGAGCUCUGUCCGUGUGCUACAGUCGUGAUAACUGUUGAAUUUCAUGUUGGAGAUGUUAUUUCUUACUGACUCUAUGAUUGAAAUGAUUUGUCUCAGCCAAAGUCACCCUUCCAUUAUCGAUCUAACUUGUUGUUUGUAAUUAUGAAAUAUUUGUGCUUUGAAGAUUGAAUGACACUUUUUAUGACUAAUUUCUGAAAUGAAUGCAUUCCCUUCAGUUGGUGAUAUAUCUGUUUAAUUUCCAUAUCACUGUUCUUUGAUUGUAUAGUUACAGUAGGAGCUGUAGGGAGAAUGAACUCCGAACCCAAUUGUGAAGUCAUUUUGGGAAGCCACUGUAUUGUAGGAGCAAAACACUGUUGAAUUAGCAGGUGAUCGAUGUAUAAAUGUCCUUCAAGACAAUUUGCUGAAACGCAUUAUGUACAAUGAGCAAAAUAAAUAUGAAAACACAUA